UUAGUCAAUUCCCAGAAUUAAUUAACCUUUAUUAAUGAGCCUUAAAAUAGAGGUGUAUUUGUCCUUCUCCCACAAAAUUCCUAAUCUCUUUCUCAAAAUGUCUUCAACAGAUAAUCCUAAUCCUCCGCUACUUCUCGACGCUCCCCUUCAAUCCUUUGGAUUCGAGAUCCACCAAGUCUCUCCUCACAAAGUCGCCGGCCGUCUCCUCGUUUCUUCCAUCUGCUGCCAGCCGUUCAAAGUGCUGCACGGCGGCGUAUCCGCCUUGAUUGCCGAGUCUCUUGCAAGUAUGGGUGCUCACAAGGCGUCUGGAUACCAGAGAGUCGCCGGAAUUCAUCUCAGUAUUAAUCAUUUGAAGAGCGCCGCCCUCGGCGAGCUUGUUAUCGCCGAAGCCGUUCCGGUCACCGUCGGUAGAACCAUUCAGGUAUGGGAUGUACAAUUAUGGAAGGAUUUGAAAGAACAAAAAGUAGUUGUAUCCACCGCAAGAGUAACUCUUCUUUGCAAUAUGCCUGUUCCUAAACAUGUUCAAAAUGCUGCUGAUGCCCUCAAGAAAUUUUCAAAACUGUAAUGACUUCUAAAGGUCUUUUUUCUUUUUCUUCUUUUUUCUUUUUAAUUUUACUAAGUUUUAAGUUCGAUGAAAUAUAUAUUUGAUAUGGUGAUUAAUGUGUUGUACAUACAUGAUGCUAUAGUCAAUUAGAUGGACCCAAAAUUAGAUAGAUAUUAAUUCCCACUUUCCUUUACUUCUAUCGGUGUUUCUAGAGAUCUACAGGUGACAUAUAUAUGAUUUAUAAUUUGUAAGGAUUGUUUUUCUAUGCAAAAAUAAAAAUGAAAUUUUUUAUAA